AUGGCAGACGUAGCAGUUUCUACAGGCCUGGAUGGACCAGAAGGCGAGACUCCGAAUCAGCGUCAAGCACGCCUGCGCCGCGAGAAGCGGCAGAAAAAGAUGGCCGAGGAGGGUGAAGACAGACUCGCCAAGAUCAAGGCACUGAAUGGAGGUGUUGCACCGCCCGACGAGGUGCUCGGUGGUCCCGUGAACGCGUCAAAGACGGCAUCUGUGGACGACGAUCCUGACGAGGUCGACAUCAGCCAGCAUGCCAGCUUCGCUCCCACGCCCAGUAGAACGCCGAAUCCGCAGAAUGAUCCUCUCGCAGCAGCAAUGCUACAGAUGCAACAACAGCAAGGUCAGGGAGGAGAAGAUCCAAUGCUAAAGAUGAUGCAGCAGAUGAUGGGAGGCAUGGGGGGAGGCGAUCCAAACGAUCCGAACGCGCAACAGGACCUGCCGCCAAUGCUCAAAGCCAUGAUGAAUGGAGCAGGAAAGGGACAGCAACAGGAGGCCGCACCGGCGUCUGGGUCAGCGUACCUCUGGCGAAUUGUGCAUGCAGUCUUUGCAUUUGGUCUUGCAUUCUACAUAUGUCUGACUUCCACAUUCAACGGCACCAAGCUCGCGCGGAGCUCAGCUGCCUACACAGAUGAAGAAGCAAGCUAUGGUCUGGGUCCUCGACUCUUCGUCAUCUUCACCUCGGUGGAGCUGGUGCUGCAGAGCACGAGAUACUUCGUCGAGAGAGGGCAGUUGCAAGGCGGAGGGAUGUUUGCUUCGGUUGUGAACAGCGGAUUCAUUCCCGAGCCGUACGCGAACUAUAUCCGUGUCGCCGGGAGGUACAUCACCAUCGCUCGAACGAUCUUUACAGACGUGAUGGUGAUCGUCUUCGUAUUGGGCUGUAUGGCGUGGUGGAAAGGUCUCGCGGCGGAAGCAUAGCGUAGCCGGCGUCGUUUCCUGUGCACCUGCUGAAAUGCAUCCUUGCAGCUCUGUACUGCGAAUACCGUUCCGUGUGCCUCCAUCAGCUCCCCAGCUCACUGCUUGCCAAUGCCCAUUUCCCGUGUCCUUUGCCUGUGAACGCCACGCUAUUCAUGAAUUGUUGAUCCAUUUCAUGUCUGCCCAUCCGACACUCUCAGGUGCUCUGUGCAUCCAGGUCACCCCUGGCCUGCUGCAACAUUUCCUUUUCCCUCUUGACUCUUGCUCUUGAUUCCAGAGCUAUUUUGCUAUCUCUCAGGCUCCUCUGUCUCUGCUCUUCCAACUUGGCCAGUAGCUCUUGAUCCUCGGUCGUGGGUUCUAUCACGCUUGCCUUUGUGAGCUGGACAAGUGCAUCCAGGAUCUCUGAAGACCGAUAGUCUUUCAUAUUAAUCUUCUCGAUCUUCUCCGUCUCAGAGUCUUCCGGUUGGAUGUGCACGGACAUCACCGCUGGAUCGUCCUGCAGUGCUGUACGGUCUACGGUCAUGGAUACUGUCGGGUUGUGAUAUUUGAGGCGUACGAGCUCAUUACGCCAGAAUUUUCUAGGCCCCAUGUGCCCUGCAGCCAUCUUCGGCGCAAAACGUAGGUCAAUCCGCUUGACAUUGGAGGGGAGCUUGAGAGCGCCAGAGCCGAGUCGUAUCGCAACGAGGCGAUUCUGCAAUUUGGUCGUCCGCUGCGAGAUGGAG